UGGCAUGGCACCAUAUGAAGCAUUAUAUGGAAAACAGUGUAGGACACCAUUAUGCUGGGAUGAGGUAGGGGAACGUGAGUUGGUGGAUCCCGAAUUAGUACAAGUCACGAAUCAGGCAGUACAAAAGAUCAGGGAAAGGAUGCGUACUACUCAGAGUAGACAGAAACGCUAUGCGAACUCAAGAAGAAGAAGUCUAGAGUUCAAAGUGGGCGACAAGGUAUUCCUGAAAGUGGCACCAAUGAAAGGUGUUCUAAGGUUUGGACGCAAGGGUAAACUGAGCCCACGCUUUAUAGGACCUUUUGAGAUUUUGGAGCGGAUUCGACCCGUCGCAUAUAGGUUAGCCCUACCACCAUCGCUCUCAACGGUACACAACGUGUUUCAUGUAUCAGUACUUCGUAAGUAUAUGGCCAAUCCCACGCAUGUGAUAGAGUAUGAGGCUCUGGAAGUGGCAGAAGAUUUAAGCUAUGAGGAAAAACCGUUGGAAAUUUUGGAUCGUAAGGUAAGGACUCUACGCACUAGGAACAUUGCUUUUGUCAAGAUGUGGUGGAGAAACCAACCCAUGGAGAAGGCUACAUGGGAACGAGAAGACGACAUCAAAGAAAAGUAUCCAGAGUUAUUUCUGGCUAGGGAGACUUUCGAGGACGAAAGU